CCCCCUGCGGCCGGGCCCGAGGUCCCUCCACCCCAACAGCCCGGCUCCCCCGCGCCUCUCCCGGAGCCAUGCUCCCGCUCUGGCCGCUGUGGCUCCUGGCCCCGGCCCGGGCGCUGCCCCAGCGUCCGGCGGCUUCGGACCAGGCUCCUGCGGGCAGCCAGUGCAUCGGGCCUGACUGCUUCGCCGUCUUCUGGACGGCCGCGUCCUUCGAGGGGGCGGCCCGGCUGUGCGAGAGCCGCGGGGGCCACCUGAUGACCGUGCGCUCCUCCGUGGCCGCAGACGUGAUCGCCCUGCUGCUGCUGCAGCAGGGGGCCCCGGCCCGGACCCCCGGCGGCCGCCUGUGGAUCGGCCUGAAGCUGGACGCCCACGCCUGCGGCCGCCGGCAGGACGGGCCCCUGCGGGGCUUCAGCUGGGUCACGGGCGACCGCAACACUAGCUACAGCAAGUGGCGGAACCCGGACGGGGCGGGCUGCGGGCCGCUGUGCGUGGCCGUCCCCGCCUCCCCGCUCAGCGAGGACGAGCGGGACCCGGUCUGGGAUGCGCGGCCCUGCGACGCGGACUCCGUCGGUUUCCUGUGCGAGUACAACUACCCCGACUCCUGCCAGGCCCUGGCCCCGGCGGCCGGCGCCCUCUACUCCACCCCGUUCGGCGGGAGCGGGGCAGACUUCCAGUCGCUGCCCCCCGACAGCGUGGCCUUCGUGGGCCAGCUGGGCCUGGAGCUGACGUGCGGGGGGCAGGGACACGGGGAGGGGCUUCGCUGGGGCCGCGCGGGUCCGGGGCCCUGGGACUGCAGCUUGGAGCGGGGCGGCUGCCAGGGCACCUGUAAGCGGGAACCCGGCGGGCCCAAGUGCGAGUGCCCCAAGGGGGCUGCCCUGCUGGACGAUGGGCGCUCCUGCGGGCCGCAAGGCGACCCUUGCUCGGGCAAGUGCGAGCAGUACUGCCUCGACGUGCCCCACGGCUCCGACAGCUUCCAGUGCAUGUGCGACUCGGGCUUCACGCUGGGCGCCGACGGCCGGACCUGCGUGGACAUCGACGACUGCGUGCUCGGCCCGUCCCCGUGCCCGCAGGUCUGCAUCAACGAAAUGGGCGGCUUCCGCUGCGAGUGCCACCCGGGCUACCGCCUGGAGAACGGCAACUGCGUGCCACCCGACUGCGCCAGCCUCCGCUGCGAGUACCAGUGCCUGGUCCAGCCCGACGGCCUGCCCCGCUGCGAGUGCGCCCCGGGCUUCGCGCCGCAAUCCGACCGGCCCGAGAGCUGUGUCCUCUUCUGUAACCAGACCCAGUGCCCGGCCGACUGCGACCCCAGCCCCGGGGGCGCCUGCUCCUGCCCGACGGGCUACAUCCUGGAGGAGAAGCCCGAGGCCGAGGGCGGCAACGUAUGCAGCGACGUGGACGAGUGUUGGUCGGGCAGCUGCGACCAGGGCUGCCGGAACCUGCCCGGCAGCUUCGAGUGCUCCUGCCACGACGGCUUCAGGCUGGACCCCUCGAGGGAAGGGGUCUGCCUGCCCGACGGCCCGGACGACGGCGACGGGGCCAACGAGGACGCCGGCUCGGGGGAGCCUUCGUCGACGCCGCCGACCUCCAUCGCCUCCCCAACGGCCCGGCCCGCCGUGAGGGGCGUCUCCCCCGGGGCGCUGGUCGGCAUCGUCCUGGGCGCCCUGGCCCUGGCCGCGGUGCUGGUGGCCGUAGCGUGGCGGCUGCAGAGGCGCCAGUGCGCGGCGCUGGGCCCCAAGGGCGCCGGGCCUGCCAAGGAGGUGAGGCUGCACCAGGUGCGCACCGAGCCCGUCCCCCAGAAGCUCUAGGUCCUGGGCCGGGCCCCGGGGGGUGCCAACCGCCGCUGGAGCAUGCGGCCGGAGCGCUCAGCCGGGCAGUGCCCCCCCGGUGCGCUCAGCCGGGCAGUGCCCCCCCGAGCGCACGGCCGGGCAGUGCCCCCCCCCCCCCCGGAGCGCACGGCCGGAUAGAGCCCCCGGAGCGCCCAGCCGGGCAAGUGCCCCCGGGCCACCCAGCCAGGCAGACCCAGGGGGGCGCGGAACCUCUCCCCUCCCCAGAAACCCCUGGCCAUUUCCCCGUCGAACCCAAUCCCCGGUCCCUGCCCCUCGCCCGCCGCUGCUCCAGGGCCCACCCGCCUUCGCCCCAGGCGACUGGGCCGGGGAGGACGUCGGAAGCCAACCUGAGCGCGCCGGGGCAGUUCGUGGCGCUGAACACCCCGACUCCCGGCUGGAUUCGGGGGCCGUGAGGGGGCCAAAGGGUCUAGCCGUUCGGCUUCUUGCUCUCAGCCUACUGAAAUUCGCCGCUGCCAGUACCUCAGGGAGUCGGGAUCGCUCCUGGCAUGGUAUCCAGGGCCUCCUGCCGAGGAAGAGACAGGGCUCCUUUAUCUCAACCCACAUCGGGGUGUCUCUGGCUUUCCUUACUCCCCCUCCCCUCUCAUCCCAUCCCCUCCUGGGCGCCCGGCUGGCUGGAGAGCUCACAGAGCAGAGGGGGAAAGCAUUGAGAAAGGAAGACUUAUUCAAUGUUCGGAAUCCACCCCACCCCAUUCUCGAGAGUCGCCGGGGACCGGGGUGUACUUGGGACUGGACGGGUCACUUAAUGGGUCAGCCCAGGGCUUGGAAGCUGCCCCCCUGCAAAGCCUCAGGUUGAAGGGGUCACUGGGAAUUCGGCUCUCUGAGCUCCAAAAAGAUCAUACUGACAGGAGAGCAGAGACUUUGGGUGCCUUUAUCCCCAGCCCUUCAAGUUUGUGCCUCACGACCAGGUCCUGACUGGGCCCAAGAAGGGAAAGGCCAGCUUUUAGCAACCAGAAGCCCUGCUCUUGACAAAUGGACUACUUCUAAGGUGGGCUGCACUAUCUGCAUUUGCUAUCCUCACUGAAUGGAUUCACCGGAUGAUUGCUGGGCUCCCUGCCACCCGAACUGCGUAGAUGUAGAUCGAGUCUCUGGGGAUUCUCCCAUUUGGGGUGAAGGAGGAUUGCUCAAAGGCACUGAGCAUUGAAAGCCGGGCCCUUCCCAUUUAAAAAGCUGGGGUGUUUGUGUUUCUGGGUUGCCUUCAUUGGAGAAGCAGCAGGAAGUACACUAAUUGUAGCAGGGACUCUGGACCCUGGAGUGGAGGGUGGCUUGGGAAGUUUAAGCUAAAGUGAUCAAAUUGUCUUCAACUUUGGAAGAGGAAUUCUGUGUUUUGCAAGGUCCUUGUUUUUUAACUGUGCCCUACCAUUUUGUAAACUUGAUAUGUGUAAAUAAUUAUUUAUUUAUUGUAAAGAACAGGGCAAGGCCUUGCUUGGAAGCGCUUAGUACAGCGCUCUGCAUACAAUAAGGGCUCAAUAAAUAUGACUGACUGAA